AUGAAGGUGAAAGACAGAGGAAUCAUCUGCUGGCUGGUCUCCUUCACUGCCAUCUGUCUGGUGGCCAUUCCCAGAGGCAAGGCCUGUCCUCGCCGCUGUGCCUGUUACGUGCCCACAGAGGUGCACUGCACGUUUCGGUACCUGACCUCCAUACCAGACGGCAUCCCGCCCAACGUGGAACGCAUCAAUUUAGGAUACAACAGUUUGGUCAGAUUGAAAGAAACAGAUUUUUCUGGCCUGAACAAGUUGGAGCUACUAAUGUUGCACAGCAAUGGCAUUCACACAAUUCCUGAUAAGACCUUCUCAGAUCUGCAGGCCUUGCAGGUCUUAAAAAUGAGCUAUAACAAAGUCCAAAAACUUCAGAAGGAUACUUUUUAUGGCCUCAGGAGCUUGACACGGUUGCAUAUGGACCACAACAAUAUUGAGUUUAUAAACCCAGAGGUUUUUUAUGGACUCACCUUUCUCCGAUUGGUACAUUUGGAAGGAAAUCAGCUGACUAAGCUCCAUCCAGAUACAUUUGUCUCUUUGCGCUACCUCCAGAUAUUUAAAAUAUCUUUCAUUAAGUACUUGUACUUGUCUGAUAACUUCUUGACCUCCCUCCCUCAAGAGGUGGUCUCCUAUAUGCCUGGCCUGGAAAGCCUUUAUCUUCACGGAAACCCAUGGAUCUGUGAUUGCCAUUUAAAAUGGUUGUCUGAUUGGAUACAGGAAAAGCCAGAUAUAAUCAAAUGCAAAAGAGAAAGAAGUCCCUCUAGUCCUCAGCAAUGUCCACUUUGCAUGAACCCCAGAGCGUCCGAAGGCAAGUCCUUUGCUAUGGUCCCACCUGCAGCUUUCAUAUGUGCCAAGCCAGCUAUCGAUCCAUCUCUGAAACUCAAAAGCCUGAACAUUCUAGAAGACAGUGGUUCGGCCUCCAUCUCUCCCCAAGAUUUCAUGGCACCCUUUGGCUCCCUCAUCUUGAAUAUGACGGACCAGUCUGGAAAUGAAGCUAAUAUAGUCUGCAGUAUCCAGAAGCCCUCAAGGACAUCACCCAUUACAUUCACUGAAGAAAAGGACUAUGUUCUGGUAAACACAUCAUUUUCUACAUUUCUGGUGUGUAAUGUAGAUUACAGCAAUAUUCAACCAGUGUGGCAAGUUCUAGCUUUGUACAGUGAUUCUCCUCUGAUACUAGAAAGGAGCCAUUUGAUCACUGAAACACCCCACCUCUGUUACAAAUAUAAACAGCUAGAUUCUAAGCUUGAAGACAUUUUCACCAACAUAGAGGCUGAUCUCAGAACAGAUCCCUCUUGGUUAAUGCAAGACCAAAUUUCUUUGCAACUAAAUAGAAAUACUACCACAUUCAGUACAUUGCAUAUUCACUACUGGAGUGAUGCUCAAAUCACUGUACCAAGGACAGAGAUGAGACCAGUGAAACACAAAUGGACCAUGAUUUCAAGGGAUAACAAUACUAAGUUGGAACAUACUGUUUUGGUUGGUGGGAGCAUUGAACUGGACUGUCCAGGCCAAGGAGACCCCACUCCACAUUUGGAGUGGCUUCUAGCUGAUGGGAGUAAAGUGAGAGCCCCUUAUGUUAGUGAAGAUGGACGAAUUCUAAUAGACAAAAGUGGAAAACUACAACUUCAGAUGGCUGAUAGUUUUGACACAGGUGUAUACCACUGUGUAAGCACCAAUUAUGAUGAUGCAGAUAUUCUCACUUACAGGAUAAUUGUGAUAGAGGCCUCUGUAGAAGCCCAUCAUGAAAAUGGGGCUCAUCACACAGUUUUCACUGGUGACACACUUGACCUUCCAUGUCAUUCUACUGGUAUCCCAGAUGCCUCUGUUAGCUGGGUUCUUCCUGGAAACACUGUGCUCUGUCAGUCCUCAAGAGAUAAGCAAAUUCUUAACAAUGGCACAUUAAGAAUAUUACAAGUCACCCUGAAAGACCAGGGACAUUAUUGUUGUGUAGCAGCCAACCCAUCAGGGGUUGAUCUUUUGAUUUUCCAAGUUUCAGUCAAAAUAAAAGGACAAAAGCCAGUGGAGCAUGAUGGAGAAACAGAUGGCUCUGGACUUGAUGAACCCAACCCCACUGCUCACCCUAAGGAUCCACCAGCUAUUCAACUCCCUUCUUCUGCUCCAAUGGAAGCUGAGGUUGAAAAACAGAUAAUAAACCCAAGUAAGAAGCACAACUAUUGGAAGUUAAUACACCGCCGGCGUGGAGAUUCAACAAAUCGAAAUUUUAGGGAGCACAGGAGGCAGUUUCCUCCCUUUGCUAGGAAAAUUGACCCACAACAUUGGGCAGUGCUUUUGGAGAAAGCUAAAAAGAAUGUUGUCACAGAGAAACGAGAAAAUACCACAAUACAGCCAACUCCACAAGUCACCCAACUCCUGAAACUACCUGGUGAGGAAGAAGAAAGCUCAGGUGUGCUCCCUCCAGAUGAGGAAUUUAUGGUUCUGGUAACUGAAGCUCCAGAUGUUCCAGCAAGGACACUUACUGCAGAUUCCAGAAAAAUAUCCAGUAGCCUUGUGUCAGAUAUAAUAACUUCUGGCACCGAAGCCUCUCCAGCUGUGAGUCCACAAAUACUAUCACCUGAAAAUCUUGUACAUUUCAAUCCAUACACUGCUGUGAAAAGUACAGCCCUGCCAAUGAAAACAAAUCCAACCACAUCAACCAAAAUGCAUGACAUUAUCAACCAGAAUUCAUACACUAUUUUUCCUCUUCCAUCUGGAGCUCCUGAACUUCGGAACAUAGAUCAGAUGGGGAGGAGUACACCUCCAAUAACACUGGGUACUGGGAUCAAUGAUGUCAAUAUCAAAAUGCUUAGCAAUGCUAACAGUAAGGCUGAUGUAUUCUUAGUCUCAGUAAAUACCAUGAAUGAGCAUCAGACAACUGGAAAUGUAGUCAGUGAACCUAGGAGCAAUCACUUCUACUCUCACAGUACUCAACAACUUAGGAACUCUACACACCCUACAGAACCAUACACUGGUGUCAAUUCUCAGUUACAGACUCCUAGAAAUAGCACAUCUAACACUGCACUCUCCAGACGGUUUGGGAGACGGAGGAAAAUUUGGAGCAAAGGGCGAAUUACCAGCCCAUACAGAACUCCAAUUCUUGGACAGCAUAGAUAUGGCUUUGCGAGAUCAAGACUCAGAGGUUCUUCUGAAGACACUACUACCACAUUUUCAGCCACAGAGCCCAGUGUGAUGUGCCCAUCCUGUUCUCCCAGGGAGAGGCUUGCCCCUGCUACAGAAGCACUGUCUUUUCCAAGUUCUUCCCCGGUUACCCUCCCCAAAGCUGAUGUUGCCAAAGCCAUGUCAGAAGAGUCUACAACUCUAUUUCUGAGUCCAUCAUUGCUAUUCGAUAGCAAACUAGACAUCGAAAAAACAACACCCACAAUAAGAUAUUUCAAUGCUGAAAGUAUCCAAGUGGCUCCAACUGGUGCAGUCAGGACUCAAGCUAAAACAUCCAUAUAUAUGGAAAAAAAUCAUUUAAUGAAUGCUGGUUACCCAAAUGUGCCUAGCAUCUGGGAAACUAAAAGAGAUUCAUUGACUAUAUCACCAUUUUCAGACCCCAUUACCAAGCCAUCUAUGCCUAAUACUAUAGCUAUUACAAGAUUUUCAAGAAGGAAAAUUCCCUGGCUUCGCAUCUUUGUCAAUAACUAUAUCCAAAAAGAAAGGUUAAAGAAUAAACAUAAAUUUAGUUCACAAAAAAGCACAGCCACAGUGCUUCCAAAAAUACCUCCUGCUUUGCCCACAGAUAAAGUUUCCUCUUUGCAUUUAACAACACUCUCAGCAAAUGUGAAGCAAAUUCCAUCUGUAACAUUGGCUACAACUCACCAUAAUACCACUGAAACGCAAAGUCCUAGAGGUCUCCCGCUGAUGAAGAAGCAGCCCUUCCCACCCCUGUACUCUACACUUGCUAGUAUUGCAAGCAAAGAAUCACAUACAACAAAGUUCACAUCAGUGCCAACAGUCGCACUGACAACUCCUACUGCCUCUGCAUCAGUCAUGAUCAGUAAAAUCCAACCAGCCAGACCUGGGGCACAAAAAGAACAAAGACAAAAGGAAACCCAGAAGAAUAGAAAUGGGCCAAAUGUCUCUCUAGCACAGAGUUCUGACUUUGUGACAUCCACUGCUGUGGCACCUCCUGUUCUAACUACAGUUGAAGCUUUGAAUAAGUCCAAGGUCUCUGUUUUUAUUCAUUCUCCCCUAGAAAAUCCAAAAGGGGUCUCAAGCAAAAUUGGUUUCCAUUCAAGAACUCUUAAUCUGACAGAUAUAAUUAAAGAACUACCCCAAGAGAGUACUCAGACUGUGAGGAGCAUAACUGCUUCACAAACUACUAUGUCUAGCAAACACCACCAGAGUACCACACCCAGGGAAGCACUCAUUAGACACUCAACUGGGCCACCAUUCUUGAGCACUCAUGGCACUCCAUUGCCAAUCCCCACCCAUCCCUUUACUCAAAGAGCAGUUACUGACAAUGAAGUAACUCCCAUUUUCAGGAUGAUGGCAAAUGCAUUGGUCAAGCCAUCUGAGUCCUCAAGGCAUGAUGCUAAUUCACACCAGUUAGCAGGAGAGGCUGCAACAUCUCCCAAGGCUCAGCCAAAUGUUCAAUUCACAAUUGGAACCACACACUUCAUACACUCUAAUGAGUUACAUUCUUCUACUCUGCCAGGACUAAUCACAGUUAAACCACAGAAUUCUAAAUGGACUCCUUCUUCCUGGUCAGAAAACCAAUUUGGGCACAAGUCAUACCCAGAAAUUGCUGAAAAUGGCAAAAAGCCAGUCGUAAGCACAUUGCCCACUCUAGACUUGCUAGUGGACACCACUCCUGCAUCACACUGGGAUGGAGAGAAGUCUGCAGAGAAGAGUGGCUUCAAGAAGACAAACAUUAAAACAAUAACCACUUCUGAAUUCCUUCCCUUUGAAUCAUUAUCUAGGAAUACAUUUGAGAAGCCCAGAAUAGUUGGAGGAAGAGCUGCAAGUUUCACCAUUCCUGCUAACUCAGAUGCCUUUCUUCCCUGUGAGGCUGUUGGAAAGCCCCUGCCCACUAUCCGUUGGACCAGGGUCUCAUCAGGACUUGAUUUGUCUAAAAGGAUACAAAAUAGCAGGUUCCAAGUGCUCCCCAAUGGUACCCUGGCCAUUCAGAGGGUGGACAUUCAGGACCGCGGACAGUACCUGUGUUCAGCAUCCAACCCUUUUGGCACCGACCACCUUCAUGUCACCUUGUCUGUGGUUUCCUAUCCCCCCAGGAUCCUGGAGAGACGUACCAAGGAGAUCACAGUUCAUUCUGGAAGCACCGUGGAAUUAAAGUGCGCAGCUGAAGGUAGGCCGGGUCCUAUGAUUUCCUGGAUUCUGGCAAACCGAACAGUGGUCACAGAAUCAUCUGAAGGAAACAGGCAGGCUGUGGUGAAAUCUGAUGGAACACUGGUUAUCUACAAUCUCAGCAUUUACGACCGUGGCUUUUACAAAUGCACGGCCAGCAACUCAGCUGGCAAGGACUCACUGCUGGUUAAAAUACAAGUCAUUGCAGCCCCACCUGUUAUUCUAGAACAAAAGAGGCAAGUCCUUGUAGGGACUUUGGGUGAAAGUUUGAGGCUACCCUGCACUGCAGAAGGAACUCCUCAGCCCAGUGUUAAAUGGGUCCUGUCUGAUGGCACUGAAAUCAAACCAUUGCAAUUUAUCAAUUCCAAAUUGUUCUUAUUUUCGAAUGGAACUCUAUAUAUUAGAAAUGUAGCCUCUUCAGACAGGGGCACUUACGAGUGCAUUGCUACCAGCUCCACAGGCUCGGAGAGAAGAGUGGUAGUGCUUAUGGUGGAAGAGCAAGAGACCAUUCCCAGGAUAGAAGUUGCAUCCCAGAAAUGGACUGAGGUGAAUUUUGGGGACAAGUUACUACUGAACUGCUCAGCUACUGGAGAGCCUAAGCCUAAAAUAAUCUGGAGGUUACCGUCCAAGGCUGUUGUAGACCAGUGGCACAGAAUGGGCAGCCGAAUUCACGUCUACCCAAAUGGAUCCCUGCUUAUUGGAUCAGUAACAGAAAAAGAUGGUGGUGACUACGUGUGUGUGGCCCGAAACAAAAUGGGAGAUGAUCUGAUACUGAUGCACGUCAGCCCACGCCUGAAGCCUGCCAAAAUUGACCACAAGCAGCAUUUUAAAAAACAAGUGCUUCAUGGCAAAGAUUUCCAAGUCGACUGCAAGGCUUCUGGCUCCCCAGUACCAGAGAUAUCCUGGAGUCUGCCUGAUGGAACACUGAUUAACAAUGCAAUGCAAGCAGAUGACAGCGGCCACCGGACCCGGAGGUACAUCCUUUUCGACAAUGGAACUUUAUACUUCAACAAAGUUGGGGUAGCAGAGGAAGGAGAUUAUACUUGCUAUGCCCAGAACACCCUAGGGAAGGACGAGAUGAAGGUCCACCUGACAGUCAUAACGGCUGCACCACGGAUAAGGCAGGGUUAUAAGACCUACACAAGAGUCAAGGCUGGAGACAUGGCCAUCCUUGACUGUGAGGUUGUUGGGGAACCCAAGCCAAAACUAUUUUGGUUGCUGCCUUCCAAUGACAUGAUUUCAUUCUCCAAUGACAGGUACACGUUUCAUGCCAAUGGAUCUUUAUCCAUAAACAAAGUUAAACUGCUUGAUUCUGGAGAGUAUGUGUGUGUAGCCCGAAAUCCCAGAGGAGAUGACACUAAAAUGUACAAACUGGAUGUUGUUUCCAAACCUCCAUUAAUCAAUGGUCUAUAUAGAAACAAAACUGUCAUUAGAGUCACGGCUGUGAGGCAUUCCAAGAAGCACUUAGACUGCAGAGCUGAAGGGACACCAACUCCUCAAAUCAUGUGGAUCAUGCCAGACAAUAUUUUCCUUACAGUCCCAUACUAUGGGAGCAGAAUCACAGUCCACAAAAAUGGGACCUUGGAAAUUAGAAAUGUGAGGCUUUCAGAUUCAGCUGAUUUCAUCUGUGUGGCUCGGAAUGAAGGAGGAGAGAGUGUGUUGGUGGUGCAGUUAGAAGUACUAGAAAUGCUGAGAAGGCCAACAUUCAGAAAUCCAUUUAAUGAAAAAAUAUUUGCCCGACUGGGAAAGCCCACAGCAUUGAAUUGCUCUGUUGAUGGAAACCCACCACCAGAAAUAAUCUGGAUUUUACCAAAUGGCACAAGCUUUUCCAAUGGACCACAAAAUCCUCAGUAUCAGAUUGCAAGCAAUGGUUCUUUUAUCAUUUAUAAAACAACUCGAGAAGAUGCAGGAAAGUAUCGCUGUGCAGCAAGGAAUAAAGUUGGCUACAUUGAGAAGUUAAUUGUACUGGAAAUUGGCCAGAAACCAGUAAUUCUUACUUAUGCACUAGGCACAGUAAAGGGCAUCAGUGGAGACUCUCUAUUGCUGCAUUGUGUGUCUGAUGGAAGCCCUAAACCAAGUAUCAAAUGGACUUUACCAAAUGGUCAUGUAAUAGAUAAGCCUCAAACCAACAGAAAAUACAUAUUGCAUGAAAAUGGCACUUUAGUCAUCAAAGAAGCAACUGCUUAUAACAGAGGCAACUAUAUUUGUGAGGCUGAAAACAGUGUUGGCCAUGCACUGAUUACUGUUCCAGUAAUGAUUGUAGCCUACCCUCCCCGAAUCACAAAUCACCCACCCAGGAGCAUCCUCACAAGGACAGGAUCAGCUGUGCAGCUCAACUGUGUGGCCUUGGGAGUCCCCAAGCCAGAUGUCACAUGGGAGAUGCCUGACCAUUCCCUGCUCUCAAAGGCAAGUAAAGGAAGGACACAUAGAAGUGAGCUGUUUCACCCACAGGGUACCCUAGCCAUUCAGAACCUUCAAACUUCAGACUCGGGGAUUUACAAAUGCAUCGCAAAGAAUCCACUUGGGAGUGAUUAUGCAACAACUUAUAUUCAAGUAAUCUGA